AUGAAGGAGCAGACCAGAUACACCCCCACAGCUCCACCCCAAGAGGAGAGAGAGGCUGACUUCAGUGAAAGAGAGGCACUAAGACGGGAGUGGACAGCGCCCCCCCCAGACACAGAGGAGAGGGAGCGGGCGGCUGUGGUCAUACAGGCGUGUUGGCGGGGGUGCCGUCUGAGGGGAAGGCUGCGACUCGCUUUAGCCCAGACACAGAGCUCUGAUCCUGGGUGUGAAGACGAACUAGAGGCCCUGGAUCUGGAGGAGUUUGUCGUGGAUCAGGCGUCUCUAGACAGCGGUUGGUCAUUGGACUGGGAAGACUUAAGUGAGAGUCAUGUUCCUGAUCUGGAGCCUCUGUUUGUGAAGGCUCGUGGCUCCUCUUUUUGGGCUCCUCCUUCAGUGACAGACCUAAGACCCAAACAGGCCUGGAGCUCUGACACCGCUGGAGACACCCCACCCCCCCUCUCUGUCAGGAGCAGAUCCCCUCCCCCUUCAGCGCUGCUCAGUGGGCUCUCAGAACGAUCUGAGAAGAUUCUGGAAGAAUGGGGCUUCAGAGACAGACACACAGCUCUGCUUAUGCUGAGGAGAGCGAGGAAGAUGAGGUCCAGACCAGAGGAGAUCAGAUCAGAGGAGCAGAAGAUCAGAGGAGGAGCGACCGAGCUGCAGAGAAGACCUUCAAAGAUACACAGUGAGAGUUUCUUACCAAAGAUGAGCUGGGACAUUCUGAAGGGAGGCAGAGUGCAGCUGGUGACUGACCCGGGCCGUGUGCGUCUGACCUCUCACUCCUGCCCCAGCAUCAGUUUACCUUCAAAAACACGCUCCGUGUUCCCAGGUCCCAAACGCAUUUCUUCGGCUCCGACUCAAAAAGAGAGAAUUUCAUUUAGAGACAAAAAACUUCAACUGAGCUCAGGUUGGGGCUCAGGCAAGAAGAGGACUAAACCAGGACUAAACCAGGACUAAACCAGGACUGAACCAGGACUAAACCAGGACUGAACCAGGACUAAAC